UUGGCUUAUUCAUAGAUGCUACCAUCAUCCACUGUUCUGUCUCUCGCCGGUGCUGGCACUGUACUAACGGUGAUUUUUUCCGGCGAAUUGGGUCAUCUCAAAGCCAAGUGUUCUCCCAGACCCAGAAAGGUUUUCAGCCGUUGGUGCAUAAAGGAGCUUUAUUUACAGCAACACUCCAUCAAUGGUUUCAAGUCCAAGAAGCAAAUCUCACUUUCAAGCUUCGCAUUCGGUAAAAAAGCCGAAGACAGCUUUUUCUCGGAUGUAAAUGAAGACACAGAUGACAUGUAUGAAGAUUUAAUUAAUAAUUAUGGAAAAGUGGUAUUUAGUAGAAAAGACAAAAAGCCUGCUAGCGCAGAGAUUGAUGAUGAUGCUGAAAGCCUGUCAUGUAAGCUGAAAAGAAGUCUUGUCAAAGAAUUUAUUUCCACCUUGUUUACAUUCAUGUACAAUCUGUCUUUCAACCUUUUGGAUUAUAUCAGGUUUCUUUAAGAAGAUUCAUCUGUCAGACUAUCUGAAGGAUGAUAAAUUACAUAAGAAUCUUGUAAAGCAAUUU